CUCGUAUCCUUCGCAUCUGCACUCGUGUACACCGAUCACUCAGCUGUCGUCACGACAGACAGUACGUGACGUAAUUGAAUUACUACGGUGGAGUGUUAGUCAAAUUCGCAUUCUGCGAUUUAUUUACCAUUUCGCCUCGUCACUGUGAUUCAAUAGAACGAGUAACUCGGCUCUCAUCGACGUGGAAGAUGGACAGCAAUAAGGACGAGGCGGAGCGAUGCAUGGAACUCGCGGAACGGUAUAUGCGCGAGAGGAAAUACGAGGAGGCAGAAAAGUUUGCUCGUAAAGCCCAAAAACUUUUCCCGAUGAAAAAGGCUGAUGACCUAAUAACGGAAGUAUCACUGCUUUCAAAGCAGAAUCAAAAAUCUGAGCCUGCUGAGCCUACUGUUAGAAAACGCCAAAAUGUAACUAAAGAUUCAACAACACAUUCCCAAACCAAUUCUGAAUAUACAAAAGAACAAUUGGAGCAUGUGAAAAGGAUAAAGAAGUGCAAAGAUUAUUAUGAGAUUUUAGGAGUCAACAAAGAUGCUACAGACAGUGAUAUUAAAAAAGCAUAUAAAAAAUUAGCUCUACAGUUACAUCCUGACAAAAAUAAAGCACCAGGUGCUGCUGAGGCUUUUAAAGCUAUUGGUAAUGCUGUUGCUAUCUUGACUGAUAUGGAAAAACGGAAACAAUAUGAUAUGUAUGGUCCUGAAGAGGAACGAAUGCAGAAUGUACAUAGCCGCCAAGGCCAUACACAUUAUAAUUACACUCGCGGAUUUGAAGCUGACAUCACAGCUGAAGAGUUAUUCAACAUGUUCUUUGGCGUAAGUUUUGCGCAACAAGAAUUUUAUAUGCGCCGGCCAGGCGGUAGAUGGUCAAACGGAGUAAGACAGCAAGAUGCGCAACAUUCUCAUUCUCAGCAAGCAAAUGGGUAUACCACAUUUUUCCAGAUGUUACCCGUUCUGUUACUAAUAUUAUUAACUAUGAUGAGUAGUUUUUUCAUAUCUGAUCCAGUAUAUAGCCUGCAUUCAAAUUCGAAAUAUUCUGUGGCCAGAACGACUCAGGUCUUGAAAAUACCGUAUUAUGUUAAAGAGAACUUUCAUAGUGAAUAUCAAGGCAGUUUACGUAGACUAGAAAUUUCAAUUGAGGAAGAAUUUGUGAAUAGCUUGAGGCAAACCUGCGUCAGAGAAAAGAAUUAUAGGGACAGUAUGAUGUGGAAAGCCCGUAAUUUUGGAGAUCAAGAUCUAUUCUUAAAAGCUAAAAAUCUCGAAACACCUUCGUGUAGGAGGCUACAAGAAAUGCAAGUCUGAUAGGUGAAACAUGUAAACUAAAUAGAACUUUGUUGUAGAUAGAUGUAUAUUUACACACGUACAUAACAUUUGUAAUGAGACGAGAAUUUGGCACAAUAUGUGAUUACAUAUAUCAUAUUUCUGAGAGUACAUCCAAAGCAAAUCAUAUAUUUCAAAGUUUGCAGAGAACACAUACGUACUUUGACUACUUUAACUGGUUAUGCCAUAAAUUGCAUGUUGAAUGACCGAUUACUAUGCAGAGUGAAUGAAAUUUUAAACUUCUGUCUUAUCUGACUCGAUUAAAAUUGUACAAAAAUUAUUUUCUGCUUUCAUAGUUUCUAUGUUUGUAAACAGUUAUACAUACAUAUAUAUAUAUUUACUAUAUGUUAUAUCUUUUAAAAAUUGUUUAAACAUUUAUAUAAAGAAAGUAAUGUAAUACACGUGAUGCUCUUUCAACUCUUCAUAUAAGCUAUGAUAUUGUGCAAUGUUAUUAGAAUGACAGCCAUUUUGAAUACUCAUUAUUUAUAAUAAACAAUAUGAAAGCCUAGUACUUGUAAGUACGUAGAUAAUUUAAAAGGAAUGAAUAUAUCACGUAAUUUUAAAGGUUUACAGGUUAUAUUUAUUUCAUGAUAUCUUCAAUUCUAACUGGAAAAUUAUAAGUGCAUCUACAAUGACAAUUUGUAUUUUACACUUGGAGUGUUAUUAUUCUGCACAGACAUCUAUUUAGUAUAUGUGUUUCUGGCUAUUUUGGAAAAUAUAUAAAUUCUUAAUUGAGUAUAUAA